AUGGUGGAAGUCUUGAGCUUCAGUGCCCUUCCUGCACGUACUUUGGCUGCGUACAGCAAUAUCCCAGAUGAGGGAGCCCUAGUGGAUCAGGUUGAAACAUUUUCGCAGUACAUCCGAAGGGAUAUUUGCGAAGUAUCCGAGAUUUAUCAACCACUCGAUAUCAAACUCGUACGCCAAGCAUUGAAGUUGUUGGCCAUGUUUAUCUAUGAACCGAAGUUCUCCUCCCGACUCCCCGACGAUCUCAAAGUUUUCGUGAUCGAUCACGCAAUCGCCUCUCUUCAAAACCCGAAUGUACCGAAAACGGUUGCAAUUGAGUAUAUGCGUGUAUUAUCCAUGCAAAAAUGUUCGCCAAAAGUUAUGACAAGCAAUCGAGUGACGCUCUUGUUGUCUGUACUCAAGGACAUAACGAACCGUGUUGAAGGCAAGGCCGUACUUGCCCAUCGUCUAGCAAUUUACAGAGAACUCCUACUCCUACCGCAGUCAACAAUGGCGUCUCAAGCUGACUUGUGGAUGGAUCAUCUUAUAACGGCACUCCUUCAUAAGUUAAAAGAUAUACGAACAAGAGCGAUCAAAUUUGUCAACCAGGCUUUUACGAGUUACCAUAGACUCCUCUAUUAUGCUUUUCGGCCCUCGACCUCUCAUAGUCGUUUGGCCUUCUUCUGGACAAUUUACAUUGGGAAUCCGUUUUCAGGAAACCUGAAUUCCGACCCAACUAAUAAUGAACGGUUAUGUCGGAUAUUGUCUUAUCUACUCUGGAAUCAGCAACCAAAGAUUUGGGAAGAAGAUAAAAUCGGGAUUAUCAAGGAGACAACUCUUGAGCCCGAGGAUCUCCCAAGACUGGACUGUAGAUGGAUUCGAUCUCGGCUCCCAAUUAUUCUUCCAGUCUUCAAAUCUCUCUUCAGGUCUUCAGCUUGGAAUGGCGAUGAUAUAGAUAAGUCAGGUAUCGGACUCUCAUGGACAAAUCUUUCAAGGGCCUUGAGCGAUGCUAGCAGUAAUGAGAUCACGCCCUCAUCGGAAUCGAUGCAAGCAAUAGCCAGUAUUCUUGGGACUUUGCAACGCGUCUGGAGGACAGCACCUCUAUCUUUAAAUGCGAACGGGGAUACUCGAAAUGAUACAUUCUAUAAACGUUUCCAAUUCCUUUUGACAACCGUGGUCUCGUCUACUGGGCCAACCAUAUUUACCGACAAGUUAUUUGCACAAAUAUCUCAAGACAGGUUUCAAACUGCUACUACUCCUGCACACAAUCGACAAUCGGUAGAUAACAAUGUCAAAUCUCCUCUACUUCACUUACUUCACUUGAUUACGUUUUCGCCAUUACCAUCAUCGACAAUCAGCCCCGCUUAUUUUCAACUGCUACAUGUUAUAAUCGAAAUGGGUGUUCAAGGAAAAACAUCGAGAUAUGCUAAGCUUGAAGUACUUCGUCAAUUCACAGAUCUAUUGUUAGAGCAAUCAGGAAAUGUUUCGAAUGUCAAUUUGGAAUGUUUGUCCAACUGCCACCAUGUAUGGCAAUCUAUAGCAAAGCUGGCUAAAGGAUACCUCCUGGCUUUUCCCAUGAGGACUGAAAUCAUGAAACGUGAUGGUUCGGCGCCAAAUGAUUACGAAAACGUAAUUGCUAUUCUUGUUGCGGGAUCCCGUUUUGAGUCAUCAUUUUCGGAGUGGUCCAUACUCCUUGAUUCGUUCAGCUCUGUUGUUCGAGCCGAAAAGGGUGAAGCUGUUUUGACUGGUAUACUUGAGACACUGUCAGAGACCAUCAGUUCCCAACCUCUAGCGGCUGUUGCUGGUAAUUGCGCAGCUCUCCUAGACUUACUCAAAUUCACUUCCGUCCAAGAGCAGCCUCCAUCCCCGACGCAUCCCUCAAUUAACAAAUCGCCAUUUGCGUAUCGCCAAAUUCAACACCAUUCUGGCAACAAGUUAAUUGAACUGACUGGCAAGGUGCUGAAAGAGAUUUAUGUGGAGUUAGCCGGGGCUGAUCAUAGUCGCAUCGUUAGAUUUUUAGCCUCUACGACUAAACUUAUUGAUCGAUGUCCAUCGUCGUUCGGCCCAAUAUUGCUUAGCGAGUUACAGGAUUCUUUAGGUCUAUGGAUAACUGACCGUGAUGGUGUGCUUACUAGUCGACCAGAUGUGGGCAAUAACAUCAGUGCUUCAAUUGAUCUUUCCUCUCCUGACUUCCUGAGCUCUCAAGAAGACAUGGUCGAAUCCGAAACCCCAAUUAAGCUUCUCGACAGCACAAGCAAGAUUUACAAAGCCUUUUCUCCUUCUCCUGCACAAAGCACAAUACCUUCCAGCACAAACAAAGCUUGCCGUCGCAAAAGGAGCACUCCAUCGACGUCCAAGCUGUCAACACCCAAGCCACGACUUCGCCAUGAUGAUUCACAGAUUCGAUUUGUCCCUGUUGACUCCUCCCCCACACCUGCUGCCGUUGGUGAUGCUCAGGUGCUGACUGACCAUCAAAGAGAAGUCAGAGAUAGGCAGCGAGGGGAGACUGCGAGGCAGUAUCCAGGUCUUCGUUCCUCUGACUCGCAGCUUGAUCGGGAUACAAGCUAUCCACUGCUCCCGGCGAAGCUUGGAGGCUUUAAGAACGAGGAAAAUGCUCUGCCAAGCCCUGUGCUUCACCUUCCAAUCGAGGGCAAUGAGGAGAACUUCCCUGAUUGUUCGCCAACUUCAACUCCCGAAACCUCAGUGGUGCAACUUGAUCAAAUGGUCAAAUCGCCCUUAAUAUCUGUUUUAGAUAUCGCUGGUCGACAGUCUGAGGACCCUCCUUCAUCCCCUCCUCAAAUAUCGCACCACGAAAAUCGGAGCAUAGAAGCGUCCGAAACCCAAAGAAUUCGUGACGUUAAAAAUCAGGAAAUCGUUAUGAGUGACGACCUGUCUUCCCCUCCAAGGAGUUCCCCGACACCAACUAGCGGUAACCCUAGUCAUCGGCGUAGCAUGUUCAGCUCUCGGAAAACAGCGGAAUGGAAAGCGACAAGGACCAACAAGGGGGAUUAUCCAUCAAUCUUCCCAACUCAAGAUGCUGAUCUAGUUCCGUCAGAGGAAAGUGAGAAUAAGGGACACUCCAACAGCUCGAAUCCGAAUAGUCCUGUCUCAAAUAUUGAAGUCGAUAGGAUUGAUAUUAUUCCAGACUCAUUCAGCAAUGAUCUUGAAAGACAGAUAGCGUCUCAACUCGAACAAGACCUGGAGUUGUCAAUGGAUAUGGAAGUGUCAAGCAAAGGGACGCCAGAACCGAACACUUCAAUUGUGACGCGAUCGAUGAAGCGAAAAAGGGAUGACAAGCCUUCACACGAGCGUGAUCGCAUCAAACGAGUCUCUCUAAAUAGACGAAGUAAAGUUGUGGAAAAUACCACUUGCGGAAAUGAGGUUGUACCGUCGAAGCGACCGAGUCGAUCAUCACGGAGAAAGACGAAUUCAAUUCUCGAUUCUGCGAAAAUUAUCAAACCCUCGCCAGAGAUUGGGAAACCGGCCCAUUGUCCAAACCAUCGUAAGUCCAAGAAACGAAGGUCUCUGCGCCUGAGCGGCCAGCCAGCAUUACCAGCACUCUCGGUUGAGCAAAGUGACGAGCAAAUGGCCCACCAAAUGUCACUUGAUCCGGAAAUGGCAAAAAUCACGGCAGCAGAUGUAGAAAUGAGCAAUCAAACCGACCAUCCUAUUUCCAAAGAAGGGGAUCUUGCAGGUUCAACGGAACAGGAAACUCGAUCUGGCAAGCCUGAAACUUCCGGAGCUGGCAUACUUGCUUCUCUACGUUCAGUUCUAGGAUCGAUCAGGACGGUAACAUUUGGGAGACGCGUGCUUCGCGAGAUUGAAGAUGUGAUGUUUGAUAUCAAAGUGGAAGCGCAUGAUGCUGAAAGGCGACAUUAUGAAAAUGCUUAA